AUGUAUGCGCCAGCGUACGAGGUCAACCCGUUCGGUGUCGUUCGGCACAGGGGGAGCCAUGUACCGGCCCCCCGUAACAUAGGGAAUGGUGGCCACGUGUACGUGCGCCUCGACAGUUGGGCGGCUGUGGCAGAGGAGGAGGAGGAGGAGGAGGAGGAGGAGGAGGACGACGAGGAGGAGGAGGAGGAACUUCAGGCUGAGAGGUGGAGAGCUUUCAGCAGCACUGCUGUGGAGGAGGAGCAGGAGCAGGAGCAGGAGCAGGAGCAGGAGCAGGAGCAGGAGCAGGAGCAGGAGCAGGAGCAGGAGCAGGAGCAGGAGCAGGAGCAGGAGCAGGAGCAGGAGCAGGAGCAGGAGCAGGAGCAGGAGAUGAUGCUGGAUAAAGAUCGAGGCGGAGGAGCAGGAGCAGGAGUAGGAGUAGGAGCAGAAACAGCAGCAGCAGCAGCAGCACAUCAUCUCCACCAUUCAUAA